CUAUGCUGCAGUUUGCCAGGGUGUGGCUCAUACCAUUGUAAUUAUGAUUGCUGCAGUUGUGCUCCUCUGUAUUGCUGGAUUGGUUGCUGGUCAACCUGUGAGGCAAAAGCCUCAUAUUGUUCUGAUGCUUGUUGACGACUGGGGCUGGGCUAAUGUUGGAUAUCAUCGGAACCCACCAACACGUGAAGUUGUUACACCAAACAUUGACGAUUUGGUUAAGCAAGGUUUAGAACUAGACCAACACUAUGCUUACAAGUUCUGCUCUCCUUCUCGCUCAUGCCUGAUGAGUGGAAGAUUACCAAUUCAUGUCAAUGAUUUGAAUCUUGCACCCACUAAUUACAAUCCAAAUGAUCCAGUCUCUGGAUUCUCCGCUAUUCCACGCAACAUGACUGGUAUAGCAGAGAAGAUGAAAGAAGCUGGGUAUGCUACACAUCAAGUAGGCAAAUGGGAUGCUGGAAUGGCAACGCCAGACCACACACCAAAAGGACGAGGAUUUGACACUUCAUUUGGCUACUAUCAUCAUGACAAUGAUUACUACACUGAAGUAGUGGGGCCACAGUGCAGUGGAUCUCCUAUAGUCGAUCUAUGGGACACUGAUCAUCCUGCUCAUGGUAUUAAUGGCACUGGGCCUGACAAGUAUGAAGAGGGUUUGUUUAAAGAGAGACUUAUGGAUGUUGUUAGUAAGCAUGAUCCCAACACACCACUCUUCUUGUAUUAUGCUCCUCACAUUGCUCAUACUCCAUUGCAAGUCCCUGAUGAUUAUUUGAAUAAAUUCAGUUUCAUAGAUGAUAGCGAUCGCAAGUAUUAUCAUGCUAUGGUCAAUUAUCUUGAUGAUGUUGUAGGUGAUCUUGUUGCUGCUCUCAAACAAAAGGGAAUGUGGGACAACCUUCUCUAUGUCACAAGCAGUGACAAUGGUGGCCCAAUCUAUGCAGGAGGAGGUGCCAAUAACUAUCCAUUAAAAGGAGGGAAGCUAACCGACUGGCAAGGUGGCAUACGUGUCAAUGCUUUUGUAUCUGGAGGAUACCUACCAGAGAAGAUGAGGGGACAAAAGACUGAUGGAUACGUUCAUUUGGCUGAUUGGUAUGGUACCUUCUGUGCUAUUGCUGGUGUUGAUCCAACUGAUGAAAAAGCUGCUAAAGCUAAGCUACCUCCAGUUGAUAGUUACAACAUGUGGCCGUUCAUCUCGGGCGAAACUGAUACCUCCCCUCGUACAGAUAUUCCAGCUAGCAUUAAUGCAUUGAUCAGUGGAGACUAUAAGAUAUUGAUUGGGACUGUUGAUCAAGCAGGUUGGACUGGCCCUCAGUAUCCCAACCAAACAAAUCCGGCUGGAGGAAUAAAAGCAACUGAGCGAUGCGGUGAGAGUGGGUGCCUUUACAACAUAAAAGAUGAUCCCGAAGAGAGACACAAUCUCGCCUCAUCAAUGCCUGAGCAGCUUAAGACGAUGCAAGAGAAACUAAAGAAAUAUCUAGCCACUUAUUUCAACCCCGAUCGUGGUCAUGUAUCACCCCUUGCAUGCCAAGCAGCAGUGAAUAAGUAUGGUGGAUUCUGGGGACCUUUUGUUGAGUAGCUGAUUUUUGAGGACAACCUUACAAUUUGCUAUUAUGCUACAGUACAUGCUAUACUAUGCUGGAUGCUAUUGCUGCUUUGCCAUUAUUAGUUAUUAGUUUUUAGCAUAAUAAAUUAUUUUGGAUCCAAUAAA